AUCACUGCUCGGCAGAUUCUCACUGGCCGUCCGUCCUACCUCAAGGCCUUUGUUGUGUAUAGCCGCGGCGCUCUCAACGCGGCUUUUUGUACGAAUAAUUGCGCCGCUGUUCUGCGAGGCGAGAAGGAGUUUACCGCAUUCGCUGGCUGCGUGUCCAUCGCCGGUGAGUGGGGUGGAGCCUGCUCUAACUGCGUCUGGCAAGACCAUGGAGCUCGUUGCAGUGUCACUUAG